UAAAACUUUGGGUGCAUUGGCCCAAUUCUGUAAACCAUAACCCUUUCUUAAAGAUUUCAAGUGGAACACAAGUCACUGUUGUCUGAAAAAUGGAAAAAGAAAUAUCCUUUUAGGUUUUUGAACAUUGCUAGGAAUCGGAUUUAGCAAGGAACCAUUCCUUGAGAGUUGAAUUUGAAACCAUGUCCGAACAGCGCAUCGUCCUGGUGAUCUUCCCCGCACAGGGCCAAAUAAACCCUGCUCUUCAGUUCGCGAAGCGAGUCAUUUCCAUGGGUGCACGUGUCACUCUCCCGAUCCCUCUCCACCUCCACCGGCGCAUCGCCAGCAAAACCUCCAUCCCUGGCCUCUCCCUCGCCCCCUUCUCCGACGGCUACGAUGAGGGCUUCAACCCGGUCGAUGCCGACGACUCAGCUUUAACCCUCCACGCCACCCAACUCCAGCAACGCGCCUCUGACUUCAUCUCCCAUCUCAUACUCUCAAGCGCCAAAGAGGGUAACCCCUUCACUUGCUUCCUCCACACCUUGCUCAUCCCCUGGGCCCCACAGCUUGCGCGUCGCUUCAACUUCCCGUCAGCCAUGCUCUGGAUCCAACCCGCCACCGUGUUAAACAUCCUCUACCACUACUUCCACGGUUACGCCGAUCACAUCAACGAUAAAAGUAAAAGUAAAACCAGCGCCAUUCUGCUUCCGGGCUUCUCUUUCUCUCUCUCACCACGUGACAUACCCUCUUCUUUAUUGCAGCGGGAACCGGCUUUAUCGUCUUUUCUUUUUACCUUGUUUAAAGAGCAGAUUCACCAGCUUGACCUAGAUCCCAACCCUAUUGUACUCGUCAACACCUUUGAAGCAUUGGAAGAAGAGGCGCUGAGCGGCGUUGAUAAGCUCAACAUGAUCCCCAUCGGGCCGUUCAUUCCUUCCGCCUUCUUGGACGGGAAGGACCCUCGUGAUACUUCCUUCGGUGCUGACAUUUUUCCAGUUUCAAGUGAUUGCGUAGAGUGGCUUGACUCGAAGCAAGAGAAUUAGGUUGAAUGUAAUUUUUUUUUAGUACAGCCUAUGAUUUGAGAAAAAUGUAUGUAUUUUUCUUUUAAGUGAUAAUGUAAAUCAUUAUCUAAUCUUUAACUUUGACAAUCAAUUUAUA